UGAGCUUGAACUGCGUACAUUGUGCAUUCUGUCAUGUCCUACUUGCAAAAACUUACAAAAAUUUCCGUUGUUUCUUCUUCGAUUAUUGCUGAUAACAAUUUCAACUCAUUUCGUUUCAUGUAUUGGAUAAUUGGAUCUUCCCCUGUUGCCUCGAACCCUAGAUUUUAUCGAACUAAAAAGCCUCCCCAGACGGGAGAAUGUGGAAAUUCCGGGGGAAUUUCGACUAGGGGUAGCAGAAACGGUAAUCGGAUUUCUCGGGCCACUAGAAAGGAGGCUCAGUUUAUGGAUGCUGAGAAUAUGAGUAGAAAUUCACCGAUCUUUCUUGAAAAGCUUCUAGGAAGAGUUGAACAUGAGAGCGAUACUGGGCGAUCAAUUACUCGAUUCUUGCUCUAUCAUCCGAUUAAUGAAUUCGAGCCUUUCUUUGAGAAUGCAGGCCUGCAACCUGCAGAGUAUAAUGCGUUUCUUCCCUGUGAUUUGAUGUUCUCGAGUGAUGAUAGUUUAUUGCUAGAGAACUAUAAUGUGUUGUGUAGCUAUGGAAUUGAACGAAAUAAGAUAGGGAAGAUCUACAAGGAGGCGACUCAGAUCUUGGUCUCAGCUAAGCUAGUGUAGUUAAAUUUGUUGUUUGUAGCCCUUAUCUAUUGGUUGGUGGUGCUAAUGAGGGGUUUGUC